UAACGCCAUCGAUAGUUUUCCAGUUCUACUGUGUGUGGGCUCUGCUCUGAGUUCUAAAAUCUUAAUAUAUCUCAAAUAAGCCAAUUCAAGCUGCUGUAAAAUGUUAAAUCAGCAAAUUUACAACAAUACGAAUCUGAUUUUAUAAUAUUUACAAGUGGUGGUGCGUGUUUGUGUUCUAAUAUCAGAAUUAUUAACUGCAACGCAAUUGCGAUGUCGACGAGUGCGAAGGAAAACGAAUGAGGCAAAAAAGCGAGUGCUAAAAAAACAGAGUACAAUAACGAUAGAAAACAGUUGCAGGCAAAUUCAAUAGAAUUGAGAAAAUAAACAAUAUAUACAACAAAACACCUUUUUUCGUCAAUGGGAAAACGCACAACCAUCGAGCAACGGGAGUUGGUAUUAAAACACCACAAAUCGGGACAUUCUCGCCGGAAAAUAGCUGAUCUUGUGAAUUUACCAGAGUCUACAGUAAAGGGAAUAAUUCAUCGUUUCGUAUUUGAGAAACGGGUGAAAAAUAAAGGGAGAAUCGCUCCAAACAAGAUUUUCAAUGCAAGAGAUGAGCGAUAUAUUGUACGUAAAGUGAAGCAAAAUCCAACGAUAUCGGCUUCCCAACUGGCUACCGUGGUGGAGGAAAGUCUGGGCAAGUCAUGUUCCGGAGAAACUAUACGUCGAGUUCUCAGAAAGAAUGAUAUGCAUGGAAAAAUUUCAGGCAAAAAAUCUUUGAUUAACACUAGUAAUCUUGAAAGAGCAACCGAACACACCGAAAAGGACUUCACCAUCUGUGAGCAGGCAACAACAGCACACACACAGGCACAAAUAAGCACAGAUGAGACAUGCGAAUAGUGCGAAUGGUAACAAUCAUAAGCAGCAGACGCAGCAGCAGACGUAGCAACAACAAAUUGAGUCAAUAACAACAAUACAAAACAGUUCAACAGGCGGCAAGUUUGACUUGAUUCGAACAGUAGCUGGAUCAGCCAAGAACAUCAUGGCUAAGAAACGUUGUCUCACUGUGCAGCUGGCAUUGCUUGGUCUCUGCUUCAUAUGCCAUCAGUCGAUCAUCGAGGGACAUGUGCUCGUCUAUAGACGCACCACAAGUCAGUUGAUUGAGGAAUUCAACGAUUUGCCAGCGACAUUUGGACCCAGAAUUUCUGGCAAUAGUCUCCGAGUUUUCGUAGUGCCCCCCGAUACCACCAAUCAAUAUGCCUGUUCGCAUUUAAGACCCCCACCGCGCACUGGAUAUCCAACUGGAGCCAAGUUUGUGGCGAUUGUAUCACGCGGAGGAGAUUGUACAUUUGAAAAAAAGGUGCGUGUGGCCCAAAAUGCAACAUAUUAUGCUGUGAUCAUCUACAACAAUGAAGGCGAUGAGUUGGAACAAAUGACCGCCAACAAUCAACAGGGCAUAAACAUACCAUCUGUUUUUGUGGGCCUUACGACCGGCAAGGCAUUAUUAUCAUUUACAUCACCUGAGGUGGUGCUAAUCAUCAAUGACGAGCUGCCCUUCAAUAUCAACACACAGCUAAUAUUGCCAUUUUCCAUACUAAUUGGUCUCUGUUUUCUCACUAUGAUUAUCUACAUGAUAUACAAGUGUAUACGGGAGCAGCGACGUUUACGUCGUUAUCGAUUACCGAAGAGCAUGCUUAAGAAAAUUCCUGUGCUGCGAUAUACCAAAAAUAAUACAAGCAUCAAGUAUGAGACCUGUGUUAUCUGUCUCGAUGACUUUGUCGAGGAUGACAAGUUGCGUGUGCUGCCCUGCUCGCAUCCUUAUCACAGUCACUGCAUCGAUCCCUGGCUAACAGAGAACCGCCGUGUUUGCCCCAUUUGCAAGCGGAAGGUUUUUACGAAGGGCGAAUCUCGUGCGAGUCGGAAUCGACAGCCUUCUUUAGAUAGUGUCACCGAUACAGAUGAUGAUACCACACCGCUAUUGCAACAGCAGCCACAAACGGCAUCUGCAGCUUCAACGGCGGCCAGCGCUGCCAGCGGUAGCAACGGCGCCAGCAUCAAUUCAACAGGCACCACAAGACAUGGCACAUUUCGACACGGCGAUACUACUGUGCGCAACACAGCCGAGGCAGAGGAAUAUCACAGUUCAGAUGAUGAGAAUGCGCUGCUGGGAUCCAUGCCUCAGGCCAAUACAUCGUCAACUUCCCAACGACGGGUCAAUCCGUUUGAUCGGACACCAAAUUUACCCGCUCAUUUGGCGGACCAGCUGAGUGAACCAAGAGGCAAUCUUUGGUCGCGACUUAACUUCAACUUCCUAUUUCGUCGUCAGCCCGUUGGCAUCAGUGUUGCAGCGCCGCCGUAUCUCGAACAUGUUGAGUCCGGCCCCAGCGAAAUUGCUAUACGCGGAGUGACAGAAAUUGCCACGACUGUUGCUAUAUCCACGCCUACAUCAAACAAUAUCCUAAAUCCGAAUUUAAGCGGCUCAUUCAAAGAUGAUGACGAUAUGCCACCGCAUCGUUCGAUUUACGAACCAAUUGCAAUAAAUACACCCGCCACGGAGCACGCAACAUCUGCUGGAACAGUUGAUGGUGCUGAAUCGGCGUUUCUACAAACUCCAGUCCAAGGCGGCAUAGGAGUGGCCGCGUUGCCUCAUAGCUCUGAAGAUCGCCAGUUUCUCAUAUGAAUUAGACGCAAAUUUAGAGGCGAUUUAGUGAGUUUAGUUUUCUAGGCAAUAGGCUACACCAAGCAGACAAUUAACUAAAAUGAAUCCCCUUUUUUAGGCGUAGUAAUAUAAAUGUCGCUUGGCUGCGGCCAAACUGUGGCUGCCAGCUGCUUUGUUUUAAACAAUUAACAAAUGUUUACCCUUAAUAUACAUAAUAUGUAAUUGUAAUUGUAGUUGUAAUCAUCAUAAUCAUGCAUCGUAGAUCAUGAAUGAUUAUGGUUUGCACCGCAACAUACAUUACAUUCAUACAUACCCACAAACAUACAUACAUACAUAAAUAUGCGUAUACAAAUUGUGAUUUAUUUUAUAUACCUUAUAUAUUACUAACAUUAUUGGCUAACGUAACUAAAGUCGAACAACAUACAAAAUGAAAAAUGAAAGAAAAACAAACAAAAAAUACUAUUUCUCACUGUAUAAGAUUGAAAUUGUUUACCUGAUUCGAAUUACAUAAUAGAUUUUUGUUUGGUCUUAAACUUACUCAAUUCACACUCCGUAACAAAGUCGCUUGUAAAAAGAUAUCGUUCAUAAAAUUAAGGUAACCAAAAGUGAAAAAAAGUGUAAUUUUAUUUAAUAAACAUUAGUUUUAAUAUGCGUGUGAAAUUUGUUUUCAGACCUAAAAAUCUAAGUGUGCAUCAAUAACGAAUAAUCCCAUUUAUUAUAUUUUGUAUGAUGCUGCUGUAUAUUAUUAUCAUCGAUUUAACUAAUUUUAAGUUUUUUUAAAUUACUCGACGUAUUUUUUUCCUAUUAAAGGCGGUUCGAAAAUUGAACUAAGAGAAUCAAAUAUUUCACAUAGUGCAGUGAUUUGAAAAAAUGUUAUAAUUGAAUAUAUACUAGUUAUAAGCGCUAGUUUGUGAUUAAUUUCUCCAAAAAAAAAAAAACAAAAAAAAAAGAACUUGCAACUGAUGAAAACUGUUCACAACAAUAAACGUCAAAUACUGUAAAACGAAAUCAAUUAAAUAUAAAGACAUAAUAA